AGAACUCUACAAUAUCUUCCAAGAUUAUUAUAAGCUCAUCGCGGUCGAAGAAUGCGAAUGUCAUCGCAAUUUGUGUAAAGCUUCUUCUGCUAUCGUCGUCGUGAAGAGAGUUUAAUUGAAAGGGUGGUGGUGAGAUCGAUCGAGAAGGUAUAUCGAUCGAGAAAGUUAGGGUUUGGGGGUGAUGAAGAGCUUUGCUCAAAGCUUGUCGAAGAGCCAUGUCGGUGCGGGGUUGCUCACGGGCUUCUUCUUGGUCUUGCUCACCUACUUCUCCAUGUCGGAGCAGUUUGCGAUCCGCGUUCCAAAUCUUUUCUCGCAACCAUCGACGGAACAUGAAGUUGUAUCAAUUCCAUCUGCACAGGAUGUAGGAUUGAAAGAUGCAGUAGAAGAAAUCAAGGCGAGCCACAAUGAGACGGAGCCAAAAUCAGAAAAUUUCAAGAAGGAAGAAGAAAUCAAAGAAGAGAAAAAAACACCAGAAUCUUUGGAUAAUACUAAACAAUUAGGAUCGAAAGAUGCAGUAGAAGAAACCAAGGCGAGCCGUGACGAGCCAGAACCAAAAUCAAAAAAUUUCAAGAAGGAAAAAGAGGUCAAAGAAGAGAAAAAAACACCAAAAUCUUUGGAGAACACUCAACAAUUAGGCAAAGGCAAGGAAAAAUCCAACCAACCGGUAAAGCUGAAGCCGAUCUGCAACACAACAAAUCCAAGAUGCGACGUCUGCGACAUGACUGGCGACGCUCGAAUCCUCGGCAGCAACUCGACGGUCUUAUAUGUCCCUCCCCCCGAAAUCACCAAUCCCGAACCUCAAGAGUGGAAGAUCCGAGUACAAUCUCGCAAGUACCUUUCGUGGAUCAAAUCUGUGACAAUAAAAUCGUUACGUGGCCCGUUCGAAGCUCCUCCCUGUACGGUCCGGCACAAUGUCCCCGCGGUCGUCUUCGCACUCGGUGGCCUCAUUGGGAACACGUGGCAUGACUUUAGUGACGUGAUCGUCCCCCUCUACCUCACCUCCCGUCAGUUCAACGGCGAGGUUCAAUUCGUCAUAACCGACCUCGCACCUUGGUGGGUCAAAAAGUAUAGUGUGAUACUCAAGAAGCUCUCGAGGUACGAAAUUAUUGAUUUUGAUAGCGACAAGGAGAUCCGUUGCUACCCGCGUGCCGUAGUUGGCCUCUGGAGCCAUCGCGAUUUUGGGAUCUUACCCGAUUCCCCUCCAGAAGGGUACACAAUGCUCGACUUCCGGUCGUUCAUGCGAGAAGCUUACUCGCUUCCAAAAGACGUACCGAUAAGUUAUCGAGAUAAGCCGGAGAAGAAACCACGACUAAUGCUCAUAAAUAGGGGGAAAACUAGGAGGUGGAUGAAUGUGGAGGAGAUCGCAAAAUCGGUCGAGGAGUUAGGGUUUGAGGCGGUGGUCGUCGAGCCGAAGAUGGACGUAAACUUGACGGAAUUCGCAAAGGUGGUGGACUCGUGCGACGGGGUGAUGGGGGUGCACGGCGCAGGGCUAACGAACAUCGUUUUCCUCAGAACGAACGCCACGCUGCUCCAAGUGGUGCCCUACGGGAAACUGGAGUUCAUGGCCGAGGGAUUCUUCGGUUGGGCCGCGAGGGAAAUGAAAUUGAGAUAUUUCGAGUACACGAUUAGCGCGGAGGAGAGCUCAUUGUUGGAGAAAUAUGGGAGAGAUCACCCUGUGAUUAAGGAUCCGGAUUCAAUUCACAGGGGUGGGUGGCAACCAGUGGGGGAGAUCUACAUGUUCAACCAAGAUGUGAAGCUAAAUGUCGCGAGAUUUGCUCCUACACUAUUGAAGGCUCUUGCGCUUCUUCGUGAAUAGUGGGGCGUAUGGAGAGCAUUCGAAACAACUAUAUAUUUAACUUUUAAAUUUUACUAUUUAAUAUUUUAAUUUGUUUGAUUUGAAUAAUUUGAUGAUUUUUUUCAUUGCAUAUUUUGGUUCUGCCCUUUGUGUAUGAUGCAUUAAAUUAAUCAAAUAUGUAAUUAUUUCGAGAGCAUUGCAAGGGUAGGUAGUUAAAUUAAAAAUUUCUAAAUAA